AUGCCACCGCGUUUAAUAUUGCCUUGUUAUAUUCGUAAUACUGUUACUAAUAAUAUAUUUAUUCGACGAAAUUAUUUACCGAAUUUUGCUCAAGUAUUGCAUCAACAAAUAGCCCAUUAUAAAUCGGGUCCUGGUAAAAUUCGUGACGGCGACCCUUUAAUUGGUGAUUAUCCUAAUUUACCUUUUGAAUCACGUUUAAAUAGACCUGCUCUUGGUUGGGAGGAUCAACAAAAUCGAGUAAAUUUAAAUGAAACUUUACAUGAAGAAGAAGAAGCUUUAAGCGUGUGGAGUUUUGAUCUUUAUAAUUAUAAAACUUCUACUGCAUUAAAAAGUCUCGGUAUUUUUUUUGGUAGUGUUGGACUAUUUACUAUCUUUUUGGCAAAAACUAUGCCGGAAGCUCCUAUGGAAAAGAAAACCUAUCCUUAUGAAGGUUUGCGUGUUGAAUUAGGUAGUGAUCCAUUUAAUCCGGAAGACAAAACUCGUGUUGCACGUAGUGAAUAA